UAUGGGCAUUUAAUUGAUCGUGAUGGUCUUCCUACCUGUAGAUGUCAAUGAAUGUGCAGAAUGGGAUCUCAAUUAUUGCCCAGACUUGUGCAUAAAUACUCAAGGGGGCUUUCACUGCAUUGAUAGUGGAAGAACGUCCAGAAUUGUUAUGUUAGGUACGUGAUUUUACUAGCUCCAGAAUCACUUAGUAUGCAUAUGCAAAUUCACAAAUGCAUUCUGUCUUUCAUAGGCAUGCAUGAAUUGGCGAUAAUAAUCUGAAAAGACAUAAAUAAGCUGAAAUAGUUUAGGAGCUUCAUGCAUAUAACUCGACAUUUGUCCCAUAUUUAUUGCCCAGGAAUUGGAGCAGGGCUUUGGGUUGUGCCCUUAGUUUGGAUAUUGGUAUGGUUACACCAAUUUUUCAAGAAAAGAAGAACAAUGAAGCUUAAGUAGAAGUUCUUUAAAAGGAAUGGCGGAAUUUUGCUGCAGCAGCAGCUGUCUUCACUGAAAGGCAGUGUUGAGAAAAGUAAACUAUUUGUUCUCAAAGAGUUGGAGAAGGUUACCGACAAUUUCAAUGAAGAUAGGAUCCUUGGGAAAGUCGGCCAAGGAACUGUCUACAAAGGGAUGCUAACUGAUGGAAGAAUUGUUGCCAUCAAGAAGUCUACAGCAAUCGAUGCAGGAAAAGUAGAACAGUUCAUUAACGAGGUUCUCAUCCUCUCACAAAUCAAUCAUAGAGAUGUGGUUAAGUUAUUGGGAUGUUGUUUGGAGACCGAAGUUCCAUUACUGGUUUACGAGUUCAUCCCAAACGGGACUCUUUAUCAGUAUCUCCAUGAACCAAAUGAGGAAUUUCCAGUGUUAUGGGAGGUAUGCCUACGACUCGCCACGGAAGUCGCAGGGGCUCUCUCAUACUUGCACUCUGCAGCAUCCAUACCCAUAUUCCACCGUGACAUUAAGUGUACAAACAUACUAUUGGACGAGAAGUAUCGAGCGAAAGUGGCAGAUUUUGGAACUUCAAGGUCAGUUUCCCUCGAUCAGACUCAUUUGACGACGCUGGUUCAAGGAACUUCUGGGUACUUGGAUCCAGAAUACUUCCAGUCUAGUCAGUUCACAGACAAAAGUGAUGUCUACAUUUUGGGGGUAGUCCUUGUGGAGCUCCUGACGGGGCAAAAGCCGGUGUCUGCAGUAGGAGCAAAAGAGGGCAAAAGUUUGGCUGCAUAUUUCAUUCUCGCGAUGAAUAUUGGUCUUCUCUCUGAUAUGCUCGACCCUAAAAUACUAGAGCACGGGGAGAAAGAGGAGAUUAUGGCUGUAGCAAGCUUAGCGAAAAGAUGUCUGUAUCUGAAAGGCAGGAAACGGCCAACGAUGAAGGAAGUGGCAAUGAAGUUAGAAGGGAUAAGGAGGCAAGUCUCUCCUGCUAAUGUCCAACAGAUUGAUGAACUGAUAGAAUGCUGUGAAGCUGAUCAAGCAUUUGAAACUUGCAGUAUUGUUUCCACAUCAACCUGCUCUCAAGUGCUUUCCGGUGUUACUAAUUCAGUGUUGGAUGUUAGCCCGAUAAAUCGUGGACACACUUGGUGAAAGUUUACAAUGGUCACGUUCUUAUUUUUCUUAAGCAACUGUCCUGCAGUGCAUUUAAGCUAGUGUUUAUAAGGAAAAUGGGAUGAAAUAAAGCAGAGCAGUUUUUCAUUUCAUCUUUUUUUAUCUUUACAGAGGGCUCAUAGAAGCCUCUCCUCAAUCAAUUCCCAGUGUUAUGUCCCUUUAACCAGACAUACAGCUCUAUUUUUUCCAUU